GAACUCUCUUGUCAGCAAUGUUUCUUACAAACACUGGAUCAGCAGUUCAACCAGACAAGAAGCAAACUGAAUCAGGAACUACAGCAAGCCAAAAAUGACUUCAGUGUUCUGCAGGCAGAAUUUGACAAAGUAGUGGCAGUGAAACAACGCUUGGAACGGGAUACCAGUGAUCUCACCCAGAAGCUGUGCAGAGCAGAGCAGGGUCUAUUAGCAGCCCAGGCUAAGGAAUCUGAUCUGGUGAAAAGCUUUGAGAAAUUGAGGCAGGAGAAAAAUCUUCUUGACUGUCAGCUUGGUAAGAAACUGCAAGAGAUCCACCAGCUUGAAGAAGAACUAAAUACAAUCAAGCAAUCUCUAAAGCAAAGUCAGAAUUUUGCAGAAGAGAUGAAAAAUAAGAAUUCUUUUCAGGAAGCAGAGCUGAAGUUACUGGAAGAGAAAUUAAAAAAACAAGAGAGCUCCCUUUCAUUGGAGAAGCUGCAAAUAGCUUUAGUUGACAUGGAAAAGCAACAAGAUUCUACCCAAGAGUUGCUCAAGGAAAAAGAUAAUCAUAUUAAAGAACAAGACUAUAAAAUAAGUCAAAUGGAGGAAGAAUCAGAAGCUUUGCAGAGGCUCCUUGGUUUCAAACAGAGAGAAUAUGAAGAAUUGCAAAAAGAGGCUGCUGUUCUUUCUCAAUGGAAAAAUGCAACUCAUCAUCUUAUAAAUAGCUUUCUUUUCAGACUUCAAUCUAUGAUUCCUCGUAUUAAUGACUUGGAGAGUUCCUUUCAAAGUCAGCAAAUCAAAAAUCAUGAGCAUAGUGAGAAACUCAGAAUGAUCCAAGCUGAAAGUGACAGCAAAACCACAGAGAUUAGAGAUCUUAAAGACAUGCUGGAAUAUAAAAGUGCAGAAUUAGAAGAACCAAAAAAAGCUUUUGAUGAACUUAAGCAGAAAGCAGAAUGUUCUGAUAGAAAGUACUGUAAACAGAUAGAAAAUAGGUCCUGUAAAACACUGCAGCUUACAGACCAAGUUGGUGAAGUAGAAGAAAAGUUACAGUUAGCAGCAAGUGAAGGACUGCAAAGGGAGCAAUGUUAUCAUGACCUGCUUGGUGAAGAUGAAAAAAUCUGUUGUCUUGUAAAAGCAAGAGGUACUUCAGAAAUGACAGAAGACAGAGAAGUUAACUUACAAAGUGGUCAGGAUAAAACUCUUCUAGACACCAAGAAACUUGCAACAAAUAACUCAAAUGCUGAGGAUUACAGAUGUGCAAGAGCUCUCCUAGAAGUAGGAAAAACUACAGAUCUGGCCAAUUUGCAAGAGCAGAUAUCUUCUCUUGAGAUUUCCUUAGGGGCUCAAAGGCAGCAGGAUUCAAAUCAGCAGCAGCAGUACAAAGUCGUAGUGCAAAUAAAGAGUGAAACAAAACAAAGACUAUUUGCAGUAGAACAGAUACACAAAAGCUGUGUGACACAAACUGAACAGCAAAUCAGUAACUUGCAAGUAUAUAUUUCAAUGUAUCAGAAAAUAGCUGAAAAAAUUCUAGCUCUUCUUGAGGAAAAGGACCUGCAACUGCAGACUCUGAACAAAACAUUAGAAAACCAACAAGCUGAGCUUCAGGAUUUAAAGAUCAAUAAUAAAUUGCUUGAGGAUUCAGUAAGACAGCUGAAGCUCAUGUCUGGAACAUGGGAUUCAGAGAAGAAGGAUAUGUCUUCAAUGAUUUGCUCAUAUAGCAAAAAAAUUGAUGGACUUACUGAAGGAAAUGCAACCCUUAGGGAUUUAAGCCAAGCUUUAAAGCAAGAACAAAUAACUUUACUGGAAGCAAAUAAAAAUAUUUCUGAGAGUUUAAAGGAAAGAGAAAAAAUAAUUUCUGAAAUGUCGGAAAAACAUGUGCAGGAAAGACAACAUAUUGAAUCAAGAACUGAAGAAAUAAAAGCAAAGCUUGAAGUUUUGCAGGCAAAGUAUAAAUGGGUAGAUGAAAAAAAUGGAAACAUCAUGAGCGUUCUGAGAACACAGACAAUUGAAUUUGAAGAAAAAAAAGCAAAAUUAGAACAAGAGAAACAGCUACUUAGUGAGAAUAAGGAUAUUUUACAUCAGCUAAUAGCCUCAGAAGAAAUAAAAAAGGGUUUGGUUCAAGAACUUCAGCAGCUGCACUCAGAAUUUUCCAAUAUCCAACAUGUGCCUUCUAUGGAGCUUGACUGUUUAAGUCAGGAAAUGUUAAAUGUUGAGGCAACACAAAAUACAAUGCAAGAGAAAUGUGGCCUUGUAUUUCAAGACAAGGAGCAAUCAGGGAAGGGACUAAAACCAAAAAAUGAACCUCUAAUGUGUGACAUUAGUUGUGAACAGACACUCUGUUCUGAAUGGUUGAGAAGGACCAUGGAAGAAAAGGACAUGGAGCUGAAUAAAUACCAAGUUAAACUUGAGCUUCUUCAAAUGGAUUUUGAGGACAGUGAACUCUCCCUAGAGAACUACAGGUUAGAACUGAUGCAACUGCAGACUGCUUUAAAAGGCAUGGAAAUAGAACUUGAGAAAAGCGUGAGAGAGAAAGAGAGACUGCAGCAGGAACUACUGUCUGUUAAAGGAGGGAAAACUUCAGAUCCUUCGCUUACAGUGUUAGAGGAAGAUGGUCACUCAUUGGAGUAUAAUUAUGAUAACAUUUCCCAGAAUUGUGGCAAAAAAAUGGGUGAAAGUUAUUCAUCAGUCAUGCUGGCAUCUUCUUUGCAGGUAAUGAUAAACCACCUGAACAAGCUUGAGAAAAUGUGUGAGAGGCUGCAGAGCAAGAACAUUGUAUUAGCCUCUGGAUUUAAAGAUGCAGAAGCCAAUGGCAUCACAGGUGUUAAUGAAGUGGCAGAGGAGAAAGAGAACAUAAUGAAUGCAGAUAAACAUUUAAAAGUGGAGAAAGCUAUUUUUCCUAAUGACUUUAUGAAUCAAAGUGAUAACAGUGAUCUGAACAUGUAUUCUGAUAAUAAGGAAAUGUCCUUCAGACUUAAAGAAUGCAGUAGUUCUGACUAUGAAGAUUUAAAAUUGUCCAGUAAAGAAGUUCAGACAUGCUUCACUCAAGUAAGAGACACGUUCUUGACUUUCCAAAAUGAACAUAUAAAAUUAUACGAACAGCAUUGCAGUAUGAACUCAAAGAUAAGUGAGCUACAGUCUUGCAUUGAAAUACUGAAGGCAGAAAAUUCUGCAUUGUCAACAAAUCUGAGCAAUGCUCAUAUAGAUUCUGUGAGAGUGUCACUGUCUUCUAGCCAACAUGACACUCCAUCUAAAUUAGAUGAAACUAAGUCCACAGUUUGUUCCUCAGAUAUUUGCAGAAAUCCCUGGUUUAUGGAAGUAAAUGAGGAGGUUGAUUCUUCUAACAGUGGUACAUGCAAAUGGACAGAAGAAAUGAAUCAACUGGACAGUUCUGCAGAGGUACUUCCAGAAUGUGCACCUAGAGUUUUGUUUGAAAAUUGUCAUAACAAUCACAAAUUGGACUCUCUUAGUGAGCUCAGGAGUAUUAGCCCUAGAAAAUCUAACCUUGAAAAUAGAAUUGAAGAACUUCAGAUGCUGUGUCAGACAUAUGAGAAGGCCAUCAAGGUGCUUGAAGAUCAAUUUCAUGUUCAAGAGAAUGUGAAAAAUGAGGAAAUUCAAGAGCUGAAACAAGUUAUACUUUCUGAAAGAAAAGAAAUAGAUCAUCUCAAACAGCAAAAUCUAUCUGACAAGGAAGAAUGGCAGCAAAAACUGAAUGAUGUGACUAGGGAGAUGGAGGGCAGAGUGGCAGCAGAAAGAAAACAAACUGAGUCUCUGUCUUUGGAGCUGGAAGCAGCAAGAUUGCAACUACAAGUCCUUGAUUUAAGUUCUCAUUCGUUGCUGUGCACGGAUACCGAAAAUAACACAGAACAAGAAAACAAUAGUUCUUAUCAAUUGGGAGUUCCUUUUGAAAACUUGGCUCUGAAAAACAGUAAUUCUAAACUAAUCCCUAUUGAGAAAAUGACUGCAGAAGAAAAGUCUGUGUAUGAAAAUAUAACCAAGACCACUGAAACAAGAUUAAUGGAAGAUUAUACUGGCAAGAUCUCUGGAGAACAUGAAUGUAUAAAUAUAUCAGGAGAAAUAACCAGCCCUUCAGACCAUGCCAAUGCAUUGUCAUUUUCCAGCAGUAGGUUUUUGGGUGCUAGGUAUUUCUAUGAAAAUCAAAUAACCACUGAAAUGAUCCAGGAACAGGCAAAACAACAGACUACUGAAAAUUUGAAGCUAAUCUAUGAGACAGCAGAAAACCAAACCCAUGGUGAUAUAAUAAUGAAAGUUGAGCAAUCAAGCUCAGAGCUGAACUUUCAGAACGCACAAGUAACUUUGAAGAGCUCAGCUUUUGCAGAACUGGAGGAAGUUACUGUAGUUAAGAAAGAAAACUGUGACAUAAAGGAAAAACAUGAAUCAGUUUCUGUCAAUAAGCAGCAAUUAUCUCUUAGAGUAGUCUCGUUAGAAAAAGAACCUGAGAAUGCAAAGUCUGAGCUGGAGAUACAUAAAGUUACAUUGUCUAAUGCAGCAGACCUGUUGGAUGAUGUAGAAAUGACCAAGAGAGAUUGUCAGAAACAAUUUCUUGCAGCUGAAAAUGAACAGAAGAGUCCAAAAUCUGAGCAAGUUAGUAUUGAGAACCAUGCUUUCUUGACAGAGCAUGACAUUGAAUUGCUUCAGGCAAAAUGUCAGCAAUUAGAAAGGGAGAGGGAAGUUAACUUGAAAACUCUUUCUAGCUUUCAAGAGCAUCUUGUCUCAGUCACAGCUGAGAGAAACCAUAUUGGCCAAGAACUGAGUAUUUUGUCUGAAAAUAAAAAAGAACUGGAUCUGCAGUAUCAAAAUCUACAAGAGAAAUUAAAGGAGUUAGAGUACACCAAGGGGGAGUCUACUGAAAUCAUCAGAAGGUUAGAGGGUGAAGUGAGGAUGCAAGCAAAUCUGCUCGAGACUGCAAAAUCUGAUGUAAGUCAGUUAUCAAAUGAAAAAAAUCAUCUUCUUCAGAAGCUGCAAAGUUUAGAAAAUGGUGCUGUGUCCUUUGCUUUAGAAAAAGAAAAAUUCCAAAAUGAAGCAGCAGAUUUGAAGGAGGAGAAAGAGCUGAUUGCCAGAGAGUUGGAAAUCAUGCAGAAUAAAUUAAGUUCAUCAGAAAUGGAAAAUUCAAAGCUUUCUAGAUCUUUGGAAGACUUGUUAAUGGAAAAACAUGAACUUGCUGAAAGACUUAGCACAGCACAGAAAGAAUUAGGCCAAUUGCGGUGUGGAAUUGAGAAGCUGAAAGUAAAAAUUGAAUCUGAUGAGAAGAAAAAAUGUCACAUUGCUGAAAAGCUGAAAGAGAGUGAAAGGAAAGCUGACUCUUUUCUGGAUAAAAUAGAGAGGCUUGAAAGAGAAUUGGAGAUGUGUGAGAUAAAACUAGAAGAUACAAUUAUUCAGUUGGAGACUGCAAAAGCAGAGACAGAAACAUUAACAAUGGAGAUGGAAGAAAUGACUGAAAAGCUGAAAUGUUCUAACUUACAAAUUGAUGUCCUCACCUCAGAAAAAGAGGAUUUGGUUAAUGAUUUUAAACAAAAGCAAGAAAGAAUCCUAGAGUCUUCGAAUUUGACUACAGCAAAACUCUCAAAAGAAAAAGAAAAGAUGCAAAUCAAGGAUGAGUUUGAAAAUAUUGUGGCAUUGCUGAAAUCUGAGCUCAAAGAUAUGAGUGAGAAAUUAGAAUUUUCAUGCAAGGCAGAAGCAGAUGCUACCGCAAAAGAACAAGUCUUGAUUAAUCAGGUGGCUUGUCUUGAGCAAGACAAAACAAUGCUGUUACAGGAAUGUCAGGAAAUAAAAAAUGAAAACAUCAUAUUAGAUCAAAUGAGGGAAGUACUUGUUCAAGAAUUGAUGGAUUGUAAACAAAAGCUUGAAGAAAAGGUGCAGGAAAAUGGUGCUCUUCAAAAGCAGGUGAAAGAAACAGAAGAACUGUCUUUACAGCUGACGCAGAUGCACCAUGAGCUUGAACAUUGGCACCAGGGAAAAAAAGGGCUGCAGAAUUUGAUUGCUGAGCUGAAUCUCAAGGAGCAACAUUUUUCUGACAAUGAAACCUUUCCGGAUAUCCUGAAUGUUCUAAAAAUGUCUUAUAAGGACCUUGAGAAGGAGCUGGAAUCUACACUGCAUGAGAAGAACACUUUAUGUAAAAAGGUAAAUGAACUGAAUGAAAGUUGUACUGAGCUGCAAGUCAAGCUAAGUGAUGCUGAACAAAAGAUUUCUGAAUUACAGGAAGGAAGAAAUAAGCUUGCUGAAGAAAUACAAUGUAUUCAAGAACACUCAGAGAAGGACAAAAUUCAGCUGCAUCUAACUAUGUCAGAAAAAAAUGAACUGACUAAGUGUUUGGAGAUGGUCCAGAAUGAACUACAAGAAAAAGAAAGUGAAAUGAAAAGAGAAAUAUCAGAAUACAAAGACAGAUUACUUCAAGCAGAGAAACACCAUCAGGAUGCUCUGAGAGAGGCAAAUCUAAAGGAGGCAGAAAUUGAGGCCUGUCAAGAGAAGAUUAGUUCACUGGAACACUUUAUCAGCUCACAAAAGCUGGAAAUUGAGCAUUUGAAGUCAAAUAAAGAACAGCUAAAUAAUUCCCUUAAAGAAGCUAAUCUUGCAUUAGGAGAACUCUUAAAAACUAAGGCUGAUAAUAGUAACAUUAUUGUUCAGCUGAAGAAGGAAAAUGAAUUUGCCCACAGUAAAGUGCAGCUAUGGAUGAACUCCUGUAAGCAGAUGGAACAGGAAAAGCAAAUGUUGGAGAAACAACUAGUUGAAUGUGAUGAACUACUAAAGAAGAAAAAUCUAACUAUGUCAAAACAUAAGAAAGAAGGUGCUGAUGAUAGUGCCAUUACAGAAGAAAUUAAUUUAAAACUGGAAGAAUUACAGGAAUCUAUGGAAGUGAAGACCAGAGAAGCAAAUGAGAACUUAGAGAAAUACUGCUCUCUAAUUGUUAAAUAUGAUAAACUAGAGGAAGAAAAUGAGAUGCUAAGAACACAAGUCAGUUUGCUGACUGCUCAGCUGAAACAGCCAGUAAGUGAUGCUGUCAGCACUUCUUUGCUGAAUUCAGAUAACUCAUUAACAGUGAGCAAUCAGUCUGACAAAAAGAUAAGGUCAGAUGAAGACACUGUUAAGCUUUCAAGAAAAAGGCAGAGAUGUGAAGACAACGGGAAAGGUAAUGGAAAACGAAGAUCCCCUGUACCAGACACUUCAUCCAAAAAGAAAGAGAAGUGUGAUAUCUCUCAGAAUCUGCUAGGUCAGGAGGACACACAUUUCGAGCCAGAUGGGCUUCCAGAAGUAGUGCAAAAAGGGUUUGCUGUCAUCCCCACUGGCAAGAUUAGCCCUUACAUUGUAGGCACAACACAAUAUCUCAGAACCAGUCCGCGUCUGGUUUCCCCAAGUGCGAAACGGCCUUUGCCCAACCGACUUAGAGAGCUGCAGCUCUCUUGUUUGACACCUGGUGGCAGCAAACCACAGAAG